AUGGAUAAAAGUUGGAUAUGGUCUAAUAACAAAUUAUCAGAAGAAUAUACCAACGGGGUUAGUACUUUUAUUAACCUCGCACGUAGUCACUUGAAUGAUGAGAAUAAAACUCCUUGUCCUUGUACCGAUUGUGUGAACUUCUACUAUCACGAAUUAGAAACAGUAGAGCGACACUUAUGGGUCAAUGGUUUUUCUAAAUCUUAUACAAACUGGGUAUAUCACGGCGAGGACGAAACUGCUUCAAGCUUCAAUAUUGAUGAUUUAGAGUCAGACAUAAAUGAAGACAACGAAGAUUCUGAGGAGGAGGAUGAUGAAAUGUUUGACGUUAUUGAAGAUAUUACUGGAGGAGUAAAUUUUGAAACUAAUCAAAAUGAUGAAAUUGGAGGGGAGGAAACUUAUUACAAUGAACCUACAAAUUUUAAAGAAUUAUUUGACGAAGUAGAGAAAGAAUUAUAUCCAGGGUGUUCACAAUUUUCUUCUUUAACAUUUUUGGUGAAAAUGAUGCAUAUCAAGGUGCUUAAUAAAAUGAGUGACAAAUGUUUCGAUAUGAUACUUGAAUUACUUUGUCAAGCUUUUCCGACUGAUCAUAAGCUGCCAAAGUCUCAUUACGAAGCUAAGCGAAUGUUACGCACUCUUGGAUUGGGUUAUGAGACAAUUCAUGUAUGUAAAAAUGAUUGUACUCUAUUUUGGAAAGAAUAUAAAGAUGCUACAGAAUGCCCUACUUUUGGAUUUUCAAGGUACAAACAUAAAGGAAAGAAGAAAAAGAAUGUACCGGUAAAAAAAAUGCAUUACUUUCCAAUUACUCCACGUCUACAAAGACUUUUUAUGUCACGACAUACGUCAGAUGAAAUGAGGUGGCACAAAGAAAAGCGUGUAAAAACUGAAGGUGUACUUAGACAUCCUGCAGAUGGAGAAGCUUGGAAAGAAUUCGAUAAACAAUUUCCAUAA